AUGAAUCCUUUGUGGUUUUCGAGGCCUACUCAGAAGUCAAUUUUAGCUCGUGUCUCCUUGGGCAAACCGUUUUCUAACAAGUCGAACACAUCUUUUAAAUUGAAUGCAACUAGAUCGUUCAAUUUUGGUUCCCUGAACACCUGUCGACGCGUUGGUACAGAUGCGCACUCGAAGACGAAUCAAGCAUUCACCGAAGUUGAAAAUAUUCCUGGCAAAAAAGUCGCCUUUUGGCUUUUGGGAUCUUCAGCAUUGGUGCUUGCCAUCGUAAUUGUUGGUGGUAUUACUCGCCUUACUGAGUCAGGAUUAAGUAUUACUGAAUGGAAACCAGUAACUGGAGUUAUCCCUCCCCUUACUGAUGAACAAUGGAAUCAAGAGUUUGAUCUGUACAAGCAAUCGCCAGAGUUUCAAAAGCUGAAUAGCCACAUGACUGUGGAUGAGUUCAAGCAUAUCUUCUUUUGGGAAUGGUUCCAUAGAGUGUUGGGACGCGGCAUUGGACUGUUAAUAGCUGUUCCUUCCUUCUACAUGUUGGCUAGAGGAAAGUACUCGCCAUGGCUAAAAAGGCGUCUCGUUGGGUUGACUGGUCUGGUUGGUUUGCAAGGAGUCAUUGGUUGGUGGAUGGUGAAAAGUGGAUUAAGCAAACAAUUGUUUGAAGAUGGCUCUCAUCCACGUGUUAGUCAUUAUCGCUUAGCCACGCAUUUGGCCGCUGCAGUAGCUCUCUACGUGGGAUUGAUCUGGACAGGCCACGGAAUUCUUCAGCGUCAUUCUUUUCUAAAAGCUUUUAAAAAUGGAACAUCUUCUACAGUCAAUAGUAUGGUUUCUUCCGUAAAAUCCAUGAAGGGUUUGAGGUUUGGAGCUUUCUCUCUUGUAGGCCUUGUUCUCACAACUCUGUUAUCUGGAGCUCUUGUAGCUGGUUUGGAUGCCGGUAUGAUCUACUGUACCUUCCCUACGAUGGGUGAAGGACGUUUAGCUCCAACCAAAGAAGAGCUAUUUGACGCACGUUAUUCUCGUAAGGAAGAUAACUCGGAUUUGUACUGGCGUAAUAUGUUAGAUAAUCCUAGUCUCGUCCAAUUGCAACAUCGUGCCUUAGCGGUUACUACCUUUUUAACAGCCUGUGGUAUCUUCUUAUAUGUUCAGUCAAAGAAGAAGGCUUUACCAAAGAAGCUAACUAGAAGUGUUUCUAUAACUACCGGUGUAUUGACGGCCCAGGCUGGUUUAGGUAUUAUGACUCUUAUCCAUGUUGUUCCUGUCCCGUUGGCUGUCUUGCAUCAAGCUGGUAGUCUCGUUGCACUUACCGCCGCCUUGUCGUUGCUACAGCGUUUGUAUCCAGAAUUUGCUCUCCGUAACGUUCGCAGUUGGAUAAAUCCAGUCUCUUCAUCUUCAUCUCCUUCUAAUAUGGAUUCGGUUACUAAUGUUUUGAAUCAAAAAAGAUCCUUCCAUUCUUUUUCUAUGCUGCGUCACUCAGCCGCUCAAAAGCCUGCUCCUGGUACGGGAAUAAAAGUCUACUUUGUGACACCAGAAGGACGUGAAGUUCUUAUUGAAGGCAAUGAAGGUGAUAGCAUUUUGGACUUGGCCCAUGCGAACAAUAUUGAUUUGGAGGGUGCUUGUGAAGGAUCUGUUGCGUGCUCCACGUGCCAUGUCGUUGUUGAUCCUGAACAUUACGAGCUUUUGGAAUCUCCCGAAGAAGACGAAGAAGAUAUGUUGGAUCUUGCUUUCGGUCUGGAAGAAACUAGUCGACUUGGUUGUCAGGUCAUUCUACGUAAAGAUUUGGAUGGUAUUCGAGUUCGUAUUCCGUCUCAAACUAGAAAUAUUCGACUUGAAAGAACAAAAUAA